AUGCGCGCUCGUAGUGAUAGCGUGGACAACAUUCGACGAUUAAGAUGGCUCCAGGAAGCCGCAUACAUCAUCCGUCGAGUACACGAGCGGCGGGUAUUGGUUGCGGACAUCGCGACACGAAAUCUCUUGCUCGAGGAGAGUCUUUCGCUCCAGAUGUGCGAUUUUACCGAGUCUGUUAUUGUUCCAAACGACGAGGACAUGGCCAACCUCUUCGACAUUGCUCGCUUCGGCUCGAUGAUGUACGAGAUCACCUCCGGAAGCCGAUACAAAUUCUAUGUUGUACCCGAAAUCGAGACCGAUCUAGCUGACGAUCCAGAGUCUAAGACAUUUAUGGCGUGGCCAACUGCUGACAAACUUCCAAAUACCAAUAAUGUGUUCUUGGAUAUCAAUGAUUAUUACAAGGUCGAGAAAAGCAAUCAGGCAGAAGUUCCUGAGGAAUAG